AUGUCCACACAAAUUAUAAGCGUUUAUUUGGCUGAUGGAACCUUUCGUAAUGUGAAGGUUGACUCCUUCACCACAGUUCAGGUGCGGUUGUAUGAAAAUAAGUGAUUAUAUUUCAUAACCUUCGAUAAUUACCACUCUCUGGAUCUAAUCCUUAUUUUCAGAGGAUCCUUCACGUGGUGUUGGAUGGCCUGGGGGUAGAUCGUCUUUCCUUUGGGCAUUUUGCUCUCAGAUUGUCCACCUUUCCGACCGGUCCGGGUUCUACCGUCUCAGAUAUUCGAUGGUUACAUUCCUCACUUAGGAUGCCCCAAAUUAUUCAGAGAUAUUUAAAUCCGCUAAGCAGUGGAUCCCAAAUGAGAUUCGAACUAAGAGUUCGAUUCAUUCCAAGUGGGUUGUAUGAGAUGUAUCAGACACAAUUGGCGGCUUUUCUGUAUCUGUAUGACCAACUUCUCUCCGAUUAUGUCCUCCAUGUCUCGUGGAAAAUCAGCAAAGAAAAAGCUUUUAAUAUGGCCGCUUUGGCCAUUAGAAAACGUCUGAAAAAUUUGAACAGGUACGUUAUAACUCGGCUUUAAGAGGCAUAAUCUGUUUAGUAAUAAUUUGGAGAAGAGAUUCGACUUCGCUUCCCUCGAAUCAAACGGCGGACUGAUGUCAUUUCUUCCUGAAUCCAUCAUCGUCGGCACUCCAGUAAGCUGUUUCUAGAAAUACCAGUCGUUUUAGAAGAAACAAUUGUACAAACUGUUACUCAAUGCUCUCAAAAAGGUCGUGAAAUUAUCUGAAAUCGAAUGUGUUUUCCAAUUUAUGAAAAAUUUGAUGAAUAUUGCGAGAUUUGACUCGGAGAUCUUCAAAGCCUUCUUAGGGGUAGGUCUCCUCUCACAGAAUCAACCUUCUUUAGGCGAAUAAUAUUCGACCAGUAGAAUUAUACGUAGGUCAGCAUUACGGCAUCGCGUAUAAAAACGAAAACACAAAGGAAGUAAGUUAAUAUUGCAUAAUAGGAAGAUUUGACGUCACCUUUCCUUUCCAGCCAGUGGUCCUGGCCGAACUCAGGAAUGUCAUUGAUAUAUCUGUGCGGAGAGUGGAUCAAAAGAAGGAUCAUUUCAUCAUUAAAAUUAAGAUAUCCGGAAAUUCCUCGCCUCUUAUUAUUACGGUAACCACAAGUGAGAUGGCGGAGUCUUUGGCACACCUUGUGGAUGGCUACCAGAUGUUACUGAGUCAACAAGCGUCUGUUUGGUCGGCUAGAGGUAUAAAUUAAAAAAUAAAGAAUUCCUGAUGAUAUUCAUAUCUCUAAACUAUUACUUACAGAUCUUCGAGACAGCUUCUGGACGAAUGGAUCUCAUUCAGGAUCCCCGGUAACGUCUCCGACUAUGUCUCCGUUGGCCCCAAGAAAAGGAAUUGUGAAGUCUGAAGUGGAAGAGAAGGCCCAGAUUGGGGCUGAUGCUAAGAGCCUUCUAAAGGAAAUCGAGAUCGAUCCGCAGAGAAUACUUCUCGAGAAACUGUUGGGAAGCGGGCAAUACGGGAAUGUAUAUCAAGGGUUGUUACAACAGGACAAGAGGCAGACAAUCGUGGCUGUAAAGGUCUGCAAGGAGCCCAAUUCCGAGUCUCAAACAGCCAAUAAUGUACUUUUGGAAGAGGCUUGUAAGUCUGGUUAAAACGGCAUUCUAUUCUUCAGAUACUAUGUCCCAAUUCUGGCAUCCCCAUAUCAUCCAUAUUAUUGGAGUUUCUAUCCAUUCUACAGUAUGGGUGGUUAUGGAAAUGAUGCAGUUGGGGGAGUUGAGACAAUAUCUGAAACGAGAAAAGAAUCGUCUCACAACUGCCACACAAUUAUUAUUCUGCAAGCAGAUUGCAUCAGCCUUGUGUUAUCUGCAUUCCAAACAAUUCGUUCAUAGAGAUAUUGCGGCCAGAAAUGUUUUGGUGGCAAAUCAUCGAUGUGUAAAGUUAUCUGAUUUCGGGAUGAGCAGAUUAGUUGAGGAAGAUUUCUAUAAAUGUAAGUGUAAUUUUACAUCAUCUAUGCAAUCUUUGUACAACUUGCAGCCAGUUGUACAAAGCUCCCAUUGAAAUGGCUUCCUUUGGAAUCCCUAAACUAUCGUCGAUUCAAUGCCAAGACUGACAUCUACAUGCUGGCUGUUUGUUUUUGGGAAAUCUUUUCAUUUGGAGAAAAACCUUGGUCCCAGAUUAAGAACCACGACCUUUCCAGACAUCUGGAGGAAGGGAAUAAACUGGAAUGUCCAGAAUAUUGCCCCAUUCAGAUGUAUCAUCUGAUGAAAGUAAUGUGGGAGGUGGACUCGGAAAGGAGACCUCUGAUUAAACAAGUUUAUGGAGUAAUUUGCUCCAUCUUUAAGGAAUCCGCUGGGCGAUUAUUCCCGGGCUCAGCUCCAAAUUCACCGGCAGUUAGGAUGAGAAAAAAUGGGCGGGAUGUAAGUCUAGUAUACUUUAAUAUUGAUUUCUUCAGAACUCACUCCGAGCCAGCCUAUCCAGUUUAACUCUCUACCAAAAUCAAGGGUCCUCUUACAGUGAUAUUCAGGAUAGAAAAGUAAGCAUCCAGGAUUGAAAUAAUUUUUGUGAUUUUAGUACAGCUUUGAAAACAGUAUGAACAGAGUUGACGUCGAGAAAGACCUGGUCUUCUCCGCUGUCACAGAUGUCCUGAAUUCUCUGAAAGAUCUUCAAGACAGCAAAUAUUCAGACAGUAUAACAAUACUGCUUAAUUCUACUGAAGUAAGUGGUAAAAUCUGCAUUAACUUUUCUUUAGAAAAUAUUAUUUUUACUCCAAGAGUUGCUCGUCAUCAUUAUUCCCCAUCUUGGAUUGCUGGAUCAGCCAAUAAAAAGUAAAGUAGAUGAGGCGGUGGAUCUUCUUAAUGAUGAUUGUGAAGUCCUUAAAGAAUUGAUACAGAUAAUGACUCAAGAAGAAGAUCAGCAGAGUAUAAAUCGGCAUAUAGAUGUCAUCUCCACGCUCUCGAGGACGUUGCGAUCACAUACUCAAGGAUUCUGGAACACAUUUCAUUUGGCCAGGAUUAGGUCAAAUCUCCCAAAUGUUUAA